AUGGACCUAACGGUCUCAGAUCUAGUCAACAUAAUUAUUGCUGUCCUAUUCCCUCCAUUAGCAGUCUUCAUUCAACGAGGUGUCUCCCUAGAAUUAAUGGCAAACUUUAUAUUGACUGUACUUUUCUACUAUCCUGCUCUUAUCCAUGCCGUGUUCCUAAUUAUCAAAGAUAGAGAAAAAGCAGACAAGGAGGUGUCAAUGUAUGAAAUUAAGGGGGAUCCACCAAUGUCACUGGUGCUUCGUUCAGUUGAUCCAGUUUCUCAAAGUUUUGUUGAAGGGGAUAAUUCUGGAACACAACAGGAAUAUGGGUGCAUCAUACUAAUAGAUGAAUCUAAUAAUGUGGAUCCAAUUGGGUUUCCAGAGAGUUGGAAUUCAGGUAAAAUAAGGCCCAAAAUUGAAGAAGUAGAGAUAACGCCCGAAAUGGAAAGGAUAGCAGAGACAAAGCCGAUACCUGACGAAGGGGUUGUACCACCGGAGGAUUCAGUUCUAGCUAAGGGGGAGAAGCUUGAGGAAAAAGUACUACUGAAAGAAAAAUAUAGACGUCGGAAACUCCACAUCAGAAGAAGAUUAUUCCACGGAUUUUGA